GAUGUUGCGCAGCGAUAUUCCAGCCAACGAUCCCUUCUGGGACGUUGACCCACAUCACCCAGCGAUAACCAUGCCUACGAGAUGGCAGUUCUGUUUAUUUGUGGACGACAAUUGCCUGCGAUCUUUAGAUCAUCCUGACUUGAUAAUGGGUCCUUAUGUCAAAAUCUUGACCACGGAUUGGAAAGGCGACAGAACGACAACUACAGCUGAAGGUUGGGAAGACGGUGAGACGGAUAACGAACAUGAAGACGUGGGGUGGAUGUACAUGGAAGCUAUCGACUGUAUUGAAAUGUAUAGGAAUCUUAUAGAUCCAUCCUCCUGGACGGAUCCGUACUAUUCAAGACCGUACAAAGGCUUCAUACCGUAGUAUUUGCAAACGCGCUUGAUUCUUCAUCAAGGGAUGCUUUCGGACUCUCAACUCUGCUCAUUCAAACCGCAUUGAUACACAAUCUUAAAGUUUCGCUUCAUCCCCCAGUAAGAAU